UCACCAAUGGUUUUUCUGAAAGUUGCUCUUGGCUUCUUAAUAACAGCUUUCCUGUCGGCCACUGUAUCCUUGGCUCACCCUGGUUUGGGUUUUGGCUGGGGGAUCGGUGGUUCCCCAGGUGGCCAAUUUGGUGCACACCCGUUCGGCCUUUUCCCACAGUUCUAUCAGUUUUCAUGCCCUCAAGCUGACAACAUUGUCAUGUCAGUACUAAACAAGGCCAUUGCAAAACAGCCUAGGAUGGCUGCCUCCUUGCUAAGGCUUCAUUUCCACGACUGUUUCGUGCAGGGCUGUGAUGCAUCCAUACUGUUGGACGACAGUGCGACCAUAGCCAGUGAAAAGAAUGCACUACCAAACAGGAACUCCAUUAGAGGCUUUGAAGUGAUCGAUGAGAUCAAAGCUAAACUAGAAGAAGCAUGUCCCCAAACUGUUUCUUGCGCCGAUAUACUCGCAAUGGCUGCUCGUGGCUCCACUGUUUUGAGCGGUGGACCAUCUUGGGAGCUUCCGCUUGGGAGGAGGGAUUCAAAGAACGCAAGCCUCAGUUCCUCCAACACCAACAUCCCACCACCAAACUCCACUCUUCAGAACCUGAUAACAUUGUUCCAACGUCAAAGUCUCGAUGAAGUCGACCUCGUUGCUCUCUCAGGAGGACAUACCAUCGGUGUAGCCAGGUGUGCGACCUUCAAGCAGAGACUAUACAAUCAAAACGGAAACAACCUGCCAGACCUAACAUUAGAGAAAUCCUAUUACAAUGGCUUGAAAUCUGUGUGUCCCAAAUCUGGUGGUGACAACAACAUUUCACCUUUGGAUUUUGGGUCCCCUGUAAAAUUCGACAACCUUUACUUCAAGCUCAUUUUGUGGGGAAAAGGACUGCUGAAUUCGGAUCAAGUGCUUCUGUCGGGGAAUGUUGGGAACACCAUGGAACUGGUUAAAGCUUAUGCGGAGGAUGACAAACUCUUCUUUAAACAAUUCGCAAAGUCAAUGAUUAAGAUGGGAAACAUUAGUCCUCUAACUGGUUUUAAUGGGGAAGUUAGGAAGAAUUGUCGCGUAGUUAAUUAGGACAUGAGUUCUGGUAUCUGGUAUAGUGCUAUGUCUAUGUCGUGUCUAAUAGUUAAUUGUGUUGCUUAAUUGCAAGAAUGGGUUGAGUGCCGCCCUUUUAGUUACAUUUAGAAAAAGCUGUUGAGGAUUUAACCUUUUUAAUGUUUGAAGAAUGAAUCAAAGCUUUAUUAUUACGAU